AUGUUAAAUAUUAUUCAAACAGUUAAUUUACAAAAUGAUAAUGCUUCUAAUAAAUCAAUAAUAGAUAAUUUGGAUCUUGAAGAUUUAUCUCCACCAAGUGAUAUCUCAUUAGAAACUGAAUCAAGUAUAUUACCAAAUAUUUUAUCAUCAUUUACCGAAAAUUUAAAUGAUUUAAAUAUAACUAAACAUUCAGAUUUUUUACUUAAAGAUUUCAAAUCUUCAUUAAAAAACAAUUCUAAAAUUACAAUGUUGACAAAUUAUCCAAUUGAACCAACCGGUGAUGAAUUUGGUAAAUAUUUAGUUAUUGAUUUAGGUGGUUCAACUUUAAGAAUUGCUGUUGUAAAUAUAGAUGAUGAUUUAAAUAAAUCUAGACAAGAUAGAGUUUCAGUUGUAGUUGAAAAAAAAUGGAUUAUUGAAAAUAAUUUCAAGACUAUUGAUUAUAAUUUUUUCAAAUUUAUUGGUGAGAAGAUUGAACAAACUUUAAAAGAACAAGAUUUAAUUGAAUUAGAUAGUGUUAUUAAAACUGGUAUUACUUGGUCGUUCCCAUUAGAAACUACAAAUUAUAAUAAUGGUAAAAUUUGUCAUGUUUCAAAAGGUUAUACAAUUGACGAAGAAAUUUAUAAUAAAGAUUUAAAAGAUGUUUUGGAAUCGGUAUUGAAAGAUAAUUUUAAUAUUCAAAUCGAUAUUGAAAGUAUUUUGAAUGAUUCUUUAGCUGUUUAUUCUGCUGGUUGUUUUAUAGAUGAUCAUAUGAAAUUGGCAAUGGUUUUAGGUACUGGUUUUAACAUGUGUUGUUCAUUGAAUAAAAAUGAAAACAUACAUGACGAUAAGAUAUUAAGUAAUGUAAAUUUGUUCAACACUGAAUUAUCAUUAUUUGGUACUAGUUUAAUUAAAGAUGUUGCUACAAAAUAUGAUUCAAUUAUAGAUAAUAGAUUUUCACAAGCUACUUUGAAUUUCAAAACUUAUAUGGAAGCUGAUCCAUCAAAUUCAAAAUUAUUCCAACCAAAUGAAUUAAUGACUAGUGGUAGAUAUUUACCAGAAUUAACAAGAUUAAUUUUAUUAGAUUUGAUUGAAAAUGAAGAAAUUUUUACAAAUAUAAAUAAAGAACAAUUACAUGAAGUAUUAUCAAAAGAAUAUGAUGAAAGUUUCGAUGGUGAAAUUGUUUGUUUUAUUAGUGAAACUGAAGAUUUAAAUGAAAUAAUUUCAAAAUUCAAAGAUUUAUAUUCUUGGGAUAUUUUAAAAAGUGAUAUUUUAAUAAUUAAAGAGGUAUUGAAUGUAAUUAUAAAAAGAGCUGCUUUUAUAGUUGCAACCUCAAUUAUCGGAUUUUUUAAAUUGAUAAAUGAUAAUAAUGAAGAAAAAAUUGAAAAUAAUAAUAUUACAAUUGGCUAUGUUGGUUCAGUAUUAAACUAUUUUCAUAAUUAUAGAAUUUUAAUAUUGGAUUAUGUUAAUAAUAAUGAAGAAAUUAAAAAAAUGGGUAUUACUAUAGAUUUAAAAUUAAUUGAAAAUAGUUCAAUUAUUGGUGCUGCAAUUGGUGCCGCUUAUUACUCUAAAUAG